GGAACUAAAAAUAUCUCUGCCACCAUUUCUUAUCCCUUUCUGGUUCACCUUUCCAAAAACUUUAAACCCAAAGCUUUGAAAAAGAAAAAACAUGAAUUCUUCGUCAAUUUGCAUGGCGAUUUCAGCUUCAUCUUCCAACACUUCUUUCAAUCAAUGCUUAAACCCAUUUUUGGGUAAACUUUUACCUUCAAAACCCAAUCAAAAUCUCAGGAGAACAGCUUGUGUAAGAGUUAAUACCAAGGCUCUUUUAUCAUCUUCAAAACAAGCUGUGUUGAAUGAUUUCCAUGAAAGAAGAGCUCUCAAGAUUAUCUCAGGUUUGCAGAAUUUUGAUAGAGAGAAUGUGGCUUCUGUUGUUACUGCUGCAGAUAAGGGUGGAGCAACUCAUGUGGACAUAGCUUGUGACCCAGAUUUAGUGAGGCUUGCCAUUGGCUUAACUUCUCUUCCUGUUUGUGUUUCAUCAGUUGAUCCAGCAGCAUUUUCUGCAGCAGUUGAAGCUGGAGCUUUGAUGGUUGAGAUUGGGAAUUAUGAUUCCUUCUAUGAGGCUGGUGUUAUUUUCUCCCCAGAGCAGAUACUAAAGCUAACAAAGGAAACAAGGAGCAAUCUUCCUUCUAUAACACUAUCAGUUACAGUGCCUCACACACUUAGCCUCCCUGACCAGGUCAAGCUUGCAGAGAUGCUGGAAAAAGAAGGUGUUGAUGUUAUCCAAACUGAAGGAGGAAAAUGUUCCACUCCCUCAAAAUCUGGUGUCCUUGGCUUGAUUGAGAAGGCAACACCAACAUUAGCAGCAGCAUAUUCAAUAUCAAGGGCAGUGAAGAUACCAGUAAUGUGUUCAUCUGGACUUAGUGCAGUUACUGCUCCAAUGGCAAUUACAGCAGGGGCAGCUGGCGUGGGUGUGGGAUCAGCAGUGAACAAGCUUAAUGAUGUCAUAGCCAUGGUUGCAGAAGUAAGAAGCAUUGCUGAAUCAUUGAAAAUGGCGGCUGCUGAUCAACAGAUUACACACACUGACAGGAGCUUCAUGAUGUAGGUUUCAGCUUUUUUAUCUUAGUUUUAGCCAAAAAUAAAAAAUGAGUUGUACCUGGAUUUUGGGUAAAAAUGAAAUGAUUCAAGGGAUCAAGCUGUUGAAA